AUGGGAAGGAGAGGGCGGGAGAACAGAGGGCGGGGAAGGAGACAGGGGUGGAGAGGAGGAGGAGGAGGAGGAGGAGGAGGAGGAGGAGGAGGAGGAGGAGGAGGAGGAGGAGGAGGAGGAGGAGGAGGAGGAGGAGGAGGAGGAGGAGGAGGAGGAGUAGGAGGAGGAGGAGGAGGAGGAGGAGGAGGAGGAGGAGGAGGAGGAGGAGGAGGAGGAGGAGGAGGAGGAGGAGGAGGAGGAGGAGGAGGAGGAGGAGGAGGAGGAGGAGGAGGAGGAGUAGGAGGAGUAGGAGGAGGAGGAGGAGGAGGAGGAGGAGGAGGAGGAGGAGGAGGAGGAGGAGGAGGAGGAGGAGGAGGAGGAGGAGGAGGAGGAGGAGGAGGAGGAGGAGGAGGAGGAGGAGGAGGAGGAGGAGGAGGAGGAGGAGGAGGAGUUUAUUGGAGAGAACAAGAAGUGCAAAUCACCACUGCGCUCAUCUUUCCAUACAACCACUUACAGCAAGUGACUCUUCUCCUCCUCCUGUGCCGUCGCCGCCGCUGCUUCUGUCUUUUGCAGAUGAUUCCCAAUCUCCUACUCUCACUCCUCUCACUCCUCUCUUUACUUGUCUCCCUACUUCUCUCCCUACUCCUCUCCCAACCCCUUUCUCUACUCUCCCUCUCCCUAAUCCUCUCCCUGCCCCUCUCGUCACCCCUCUCCUCGCUCCUCUCCUCACUCCACUCCUUUCCACUCCUCUCCACGUCCCUCUCGUUCGCAGGCCACUGA